AACGUCCCCUUCCGGGAGGCUUGUUUUGCAGAGAGCAGCGGGCUGAGUUUUGGACUCAUGCACGUUACUGAGAGUUUUCACGUUGUCCUGACUGUGUGAGGUUACUGUUUCGCGUCUCUCUUAGCACUUAGCAGCGUCAGUUGCUUGCUACACUGCUCCUUCCUUCCGGCUUUACGGGAAGAUGGUUUUGUCAACAUCACAACAAGUCGCUCUGGCUUUCACGGGCGUGCUCUUCAUGUUUGUGGUGCUGCCGCGGUUGUACGGCUUUGGCAGCGGGACCGCGGCGAAGGACGCCAAACUGGACUCUCGUUACAGCAGAAAAGCAGGCCCAGCGCGAGGUCAGCCCAUCAAUAUGAACGGCGCUGGUCAGUCCCCGGAGAACUUGCAGCAGAUGAAGAAACGGGUGGAGCAAGAGCUGAAGAGUGACAAAUACAAAUCGAGCAGCAAUAAGGGCUAUGUGUUCACGCUGAUGCCGCUCUACGCCAUUGGAGUGGGAGUGUUUGCAGCAUACAAGUUUUUGAAGAUCAGGUCUACAGACGACAAGGCACAAAAGGACAAGUUUGCCAAAGGGGCCAAAAAAUCCAUGGAGGCAGAGAACCAGUUGAACGAGCUGGAACAAAGGCUUGCACAGACAGAGAGGAUGCUCAAUUCCAUCCUCACCCAGCUGGACCCGCUGACCAACUGCGUGAAGUCUGUGGCCCAGGAACAGAAGAAUGAGAUCAUGUCUCAGCUGCAGACCAUUCGGUACCUGAUGAAGAAGAGAGGAAUGGACUGUCCACCCCUCCAUGCCACCAAUGGUGAGCGUAAUCUGGACGACCUGAUUGAGUCCCUUGGGGCAGGUGAUACUUCAGACAAGCAGCCGUCCAGCGAGAAAGCAGAGCCUACUGCAAGAGUUUAUGAAAAGCAUUCAGACAUUAAACAUGAAGCAGAAGGUGAAGAGACGAAGGAAGUGAGAGCAGAGGAAUAUGAUGGAGACGCAACAGUGGAAGAAUGUGACAGAGAGGAAGAAGAGGAGGAAGGAGGGUGGGAACACUCGGAGCUCAUACCCUCUUUAGAAGCCUCACAUGAGACAAACGCUGAGGAGAUUGGAGCGGAGCAGCUCGUGUCCGGCCUCAGGCGACGCAACAGGCCUGAAUGAACCUGGACUGUGUAGAAAUGUGACAUUACAAAUAUUUAUUCUUUAAAAAUGCUUCAGAUGUUUCCCAAAAGCCUGUCUGCAUAUUCAUGCAGGACGUAUGAUAGAGUCUGUAGGAAAAGAAGGCCUGGUUACAUGUUCCCAAAGAUGGAGAUGGCACUUUGGUCUGAUCUUGGUCACUUUUUUUUUCUCCUCGACUCCACCAUGAAUUUAAAAACGCAACAAGAUUUAGCUUGUAGUCAGUUCAGCUUAUAAAGUCAAUGAUGCCAGUUUGCAGCAAUGUAAACAUUUGAUAUAUAGACAAGGUAAAAGGUUCAACGAGGCUCAAAGCUACCUGCAGACCUGUAGAGCAGGAUUCCCAUUAAAGAGUUUCCAUGUUCCUAAAAUGUUUUUUAAAUUCAUCCUGUUGCAUCCUAACAGAGUCUGUCAGUGAUGGCACGCAGCUUUGUCUAACUGUUGUCUGUGUCCUGUCGCCUGUAGAAACUCUGGCACAGCACAUUCAGUCUGUAAGUUGAUGGUUUGGUUCAGCACUGCUUCUCUUCUGUGUGCUGUAGACAAAAUUAGACAACAGUUUGUUUAAGCUUUGUCAUCAGUCGUGUUUAUACACUGAUCAGAUCUGUUCCUGACAUUCUUUUCAUUUUGGUCUUAUUUGAAUAUUUAAAUGCAACCUUGUGUUGUGUUUACCUACCAGUGGGGCAGCUUGUGCCGGCUGUUUGCUCAGCCUGCAGAGAUGAAGCUGCAUGUCUGCUUGUGAGCUCGUUGUUCUCACCAUGAUAAAUGAACCAGGAUGACCGGACUUCAGCGCAGGGCUGUGCUGCCACCCUCAGAUUGCUUUCGACCUAGUUGUGAUUUGACAGGUGGUUUCAACUGCGCUCGUGCAGAGUCUGGUAGUUUCAGGAUUUCUUCCCCACAAAGAAAAUGUCGAUUAUAUUCUAAAUCCUUUCUGUGCUAAUGGAAAUGACCAAGUGCUGCUGCUGGAUCCUUUUGGAACUAAAAAUAUGUCCAACGUGUGGAAAGUUGUUUAUACAUGAAAACAUAAUUGCAUGUUUUCCUUCCCUGUGUGUACGUGGUGAAUGCACGCCACUUGUUUUUCUGUCUGUGAACAAUGACGAUCACCUGGUACGAUAGAAAUGUUUGAACUUUCAUUUCUGUCAGCGCGAGUCAUCACUUUACCUCUUCUUGCUGUUAUUUAUUUAAAUAUUUAUUCGAUGACAUUUUAAUAGUCAGAGCUUACUGUGACGAGGCUUCUGUGUACCUCUGACUGUUUUUGGGUUCUCAGUAGUUUGUAGGCAGCUUCUCUUCUGCCUUUUUGCUGACAUGAGCUAAUAGUAAGUAGUACUUCCACAAAUGAAGUUAUGGUCAUAUUAAGCAUGUGUCUGUGGUUUGCAUCUAAAUUUGCUACAUGUGGGACUAAUGCUGAUGUAGUAAGAUGACUUUAAAAUAAUAGAGGCUGCCCUGAGUGAGGGUCUGUACUGUGUCUGUUGUCAGACCAAAGCACGACUUUGCCUUACAUGUGAAGAAAUAAGAAACAAGACAUCACAGUUCUGACACCAACUACUCACCAACACAUUUUGGAAAGCACUAACGUCUGCCUUAACCUACUUACAUGUUUCAUAUUGUUAUGUUCCUAUUAUGCAUAUUAACAUUUGUGUAUUGAAGGUUGUGUGUUUUGUGUUUCUGCUGAGUCGUCAAACUUAGCUUAGAGUGAAAUAAAAAUAUUUCAAAGUCA